UGCCAUCAAAGCCAGGGGCAUGAACGAACACGCCUGUGCUCUGCCCAGAUCGUACGUCGAAGAGACGCGCGUCACUCGAUCUACGACGGGCAGGGUGACCCUGCAGGGGCACAGCAGCAGCUGCAUUGGAACAGGGCGCAACGCACGCGCGCUCUCUUCACAUCACGACGCCGCGACCCUGUUUUUUUUUCAGACGACACGGAGAGGAGUCAUCAUGGGGCCCCACGCCACCGCCUUCCUUCUGAUUCUCUUGGCAGGCCAAGUGUCCGCAACUGACAAAAACGGUACAACCAUUAUGAACGUGCAAGAUCUGUUUCAUGCUGUUGAAUCUGCUUUUGACAAAAUUGGGAACACCAUCUCAAGUUUUUUCGAUAGCAAGACAUUUUCAUGCAGUUUUGGGAUCUCCCCAAAAUACUACAAGAAAAGCUGUGCUGAUUCAGAAAAAGCCUGCCUGACUGCAAACAUCACCAUUGGGCAAGCCAACAUUCUGUUUAAGGACUGUGUCAAAGAGAACGUCUGCAACUCCACGGAGAUUCUUGCUGCCACCAUCGCCAACAUUUCCUCCUUCCAGAUGUACAAAGAUCAGAAUCUGACCGUGAAAAGUUCUGAGUGUUGCAAAACCAGCCGCUGCAACGCUGCUCCUCAUAGCAGACCUGUCCUGCCCUUAGCCUUGCUAUUUGCCCCUGUCUUACCACUCCUCAUGCACUCUGGUUGAUCCUCUGGCUAGGCAUUAUCAUUGCCACCAGGGGCCCAAGGGGUUACAUGGCCUCCUUACUUUUUCAAGUAGAGGGACCAGAAUAGGAUUUAGACUUGCUAACCUAAUCCCGAUGUUCCUUGCUCCAACUAUCUCUUGCAAUUCAAAAUGUGUUUGAACCUGACAAUGCGUGCCUCUGCAUUUAUCAAAAACGGAAGCUUAAAGUGUGCAUGUGUGAACACUUGCAUUAUCAAGCAGAUUUUUCGCAUGAGCAUGCAAAUUAUAAAUGUGUGUGCACAUUCGUGCUAAAGUGCGUGUGCACGUCUGUACUAAAACGUAAGUCGGCAUAAAUGUCCAUGCGUGUAUUAGCACGGUAGUGUGAAUGUUCAAAUAUGCACUCUCACUUUUACCUACUGAAUGGGUGUCGUAUUGAUAAUUACAAAUAAGACACGUUCCUGGGUUGAAUCAUGCGUAUCGAGAAUUCAAUAAGGUUUUUUUUACACAUAACAGUUGAAAUUCCCACUUAGUUUCCAUCCACACAUUGCAUAUGCAUCGGUUCUCAAGGGCAUUUUACCAAUGAAUUCCGAGUGAUGUCCCUCCACACAGUGGCAACACUAUCAGAGGCAGUACCAAAAUGCUUGCGCAGAUGCCUUGCAAUCUUGUGGUUAAAAUUCAGAUAUUUCAACAUUGACAUAUUGUAGAGGAGGGUGUUUAUAAAAGUAUCAUCCAUUAUAAUUGGCAGUUCGAACUGUUUGAGCUUUUGUACAUAAGCUGUUUCAAAAUGGAAAAGCUUUUUUGUGAACCUCGGCAGAUGACACAAGCGGUCAACGCAAUCACACUCCCCGGGACGAUUGAGAGCACCUGGGACUCUGUCGAAUGUCAAUACAAGGUGUCUUGCAAACACCAUACGCGAGAGAUGGUGAAACUCACGUAAAAAAAAGUCUUCACAACAUCAAAUGUGUAUGCAGUUGUGUUGAACCGAACGCAAACUACACUCUCGGCAUUCUGUAAUAACAGUCGAUAUCUUUUGAUUUAAAGCUUUCGUGACUGCAGUGAUUCAUAUUCUUGGUUCUUUCGGUAAAGUCACGUUGAAGGGAAACAAUAUAUAUUUUAUUGUUUCCCUUCAACGUGACUUUACCGAAAGAACCAAUAAUAUAGUCGAUAUCUUUAUGGACACCACGUAUUUACAUUUUGUGUAUAUGUCCACGCUUUAUCCACUACUAGCUUGGGACCUUGAAUCCUGUUGCGUGUAUGUUGGCAAACACUAUGGAAUGCAGCUUUGGUAUCGUUUCGGUAACUAGUUGAGUGAUUUUGGCUCAACCUUCUGUUGUAUUUAGCUACACUUGACUCUGUGAAAAGAAUUUCAGCAGGUUUUUCGCUGUUUAUACAAUUUAAACAGUGGCUAGUACGUUGGUGGUACGUGGGAUAUAAUGGUUCUUUACUUGAUAAAACAUUUUUUCAAUUAUUUUAAUGAGGUUAUAUACUGUGUUAGUAAUUGUGGUUUGGUUACGUGAUAAACAAGGAAACAGUGGGACAUUUUGCUUUAGUAUUAAAGGGCAUUAAUCUGAGGUGAUUAUUUGUGAUUUUGUUUUCUGUAAGAUAAAAGUGAUUUAAAUUAGAUAAGAAUUUGAUUAAUAUUUUAUAUUGCAAACUAAUUCAUCGUUUGGAAACUGAGUCAGAAAAUGUGAGAUGCAGUACAAGUUGAAAAUACAUGUGGGGGAAGAAAACCCUUAAUUUCCUCAGGUCUAAAACCUUAAUAUUCCUUUGCCAAAAAUGAUUUCACUAUAAAAGCCAUUACAGUGUGAGGUCACAUUGAGUGCGUAAGCAAAGCGGCAGCAGAUUAAACAUAAAUGUCCAUGUGAUGCAGCUACUUUUAAAAUCCUUCAUCGGUGUCAAAACUUCAAGGUUGGCCACUCAUUCUAUAUGUGAGGUGUUUGUCACAGUUUUAUUUAAAUCUUAAGCUGGACUACACCGAGAAUUAUCCUGUGGGUUUCAGUGACCUCCCAAUUACCUCUUCCCGUGGUGUGAACAUAGCGUCAUGGUAAAAACAAAUGGUCAUGCAUUGGUACAUAGUAGGGUUGUCAAAUAACUACUGGCUGACUGGCAACAGUCUGCACCUCCGAUCAGCAUGAUUGGCUACGUACGGUGUGAAGUCAGAAAAACGGGGUAACCAGCUUGUGUGGAAUGUUAGGAAUUAAUUGAACAAUGGUUUAACUAUUAUUUUGUUUUACCCACUGAGCUGUAUAAACCCUUGGGCUACACCUAUAUUAAACCUUUAAAAUAGUC